AAAAGGAGAUGGAUUGCUAUUUGCAGUCAGAAUUUUGAUACGACAGCAACAUAAUCAUUUGUCUGUAGAAAAGAAGUUUUAAAAGGUGUGAUUUGGCAUAUUGACUUUAUCAUAAAUUUCAUUUCCCAGGCUGUUGAGAGGCUACAGUAAUAUAUUUCCCUGUAACUCUUCUGUAACUUUGUAGUGGUUACAGAACUAUGAAAGUAUGCAUCUAAUAAUUUAGCAGAAAUGCAAAGAAGGGAGAAAUAAUUGUAGUAGUGAUUACUUUUUUUUUUUUUUUUUUUUUUUUUUUUUUUUUUUUUUUUUUUUUUUUUCCACAGAUUCCUGGAGGUAUAGUAGUGAACCCAAUGUGCCAUGUUAAAGAUUGCAAACAAUAUAUUGUUCCUGAAUAUACAAAGUAUACAGAUAUAUUUAGUUUACAUAGUCUUCUAUGGCAGGUAAGGGAAUAAAGGCAAAACAUUAACACAAAGUUUCUAUAGCUCUGUGAGGGAGAGUCAUGUCUCACAUCUCUUCGUGAAGCAUUCUUCAUGUGUACAGACAAGGUGUGUAAGUGUGGUACUCCAUCCAACAACUCUCCUGGGUUAAGAGGGCAGGGCAUUGAUUCGUAACUCUUGAAUGAGAUACGUACUGCAGAGGGUAGGAAGAAAUUAGCAGCUUUCAUAAUACAGAAGGGUCUUCAACAGAGUGUAAAAAGCACCUGGCUGGAGUCUGUUCUGUUCAACACACUCAGAAAUGUUUGAGAAAAGUGAAUAGCAUAGUAGAAACUUUGCUGGUGACAGUGUUCCUCCUUUGACAAGUGCACAGUGGAAUUGUGAAUCUCCUUGUCAGAGGGUGUGGGUAAGCUACCAAGAGGUGCUCUUAUCCACAUCUUCAAACGCUUGGAGACAUCUGAAAAUUUUCACCAAUGUGAGUUGCAUGAGGCACUCUCUGUGUGAAAGAACUUCAUUGCAUUGCAAGGGAAAUCUUUGAGGAAGGGAAGAACUAUACAGUUAUUACAGAAGCCUGUCUUCUGUGCCUGUCACCACUGUGACAGCAAAAGGCAGUUCUCAGCAACCACUACAAACCCAUCCUGUGUCAUCAGCUCGGAACAUCCCAUGGUACUUUAUGUGUGCUGGUUGAUUCUCUGGAUCUUGCUAAAGGUAAUGACUGUAAAAGUGCUGUGCACCUAUUUUUUGACAAGCAUCUAUCCUUUAGGAGUCAGGUAUGCAAAACAAUUCUCAUUUAGCUAUUUUUGGUCAUAUCAGUGCUUGUCCAUUAACUUCUGGCAAUGCAGCUUCACUUGUAGUUGCUAUGUUUAGAUGCCUUUAUUGACGUGUGAAACAGAGUGAAAAGUGAAAAGCAUAUCAGCAUGCAGGAAUAAAAGUCAUCCAUUUCCUGGAUCACAAAGAGUAAGAAUGCUCAAUAGUUUAAUACUAGAAAAUUAAUGCAGAUGAGUCAUCCUCACACUAGAACUACAGACAGCUGGAUCGUGAAUGUUUUUCUGUGGUCCUUUCUUUUUUUGUAAUAAGAACACUUAUCAUUGUCUAUCACAUAUUCUCUGAAUUACAGAGGUGUUUUGCACACCUGCCAUUUAACCUUUCAGCAUUCUGUACAUCAACUGGAUCCUGAAUGUCUGCACAAGUAUUUAAUGUGUAGAAACAGAUGCUUUGAAAUUUUAUCCAAGCAAAACAUACUUAGAAGGUUAGGAAAGUGAGCACACUUCCCUAAUUCACAAAAUGUUAAAGUAAUUUUUUUUUCUCUGUAAUUGUGGAGGGUUGAAGACACCUCAUUGAAGAGAUCUCCUUGCAUGGCAACAGAAGUAGUUUUUCAGUAUGCAGAGAUGUGGAGUACUUCAUUAGAUGUUUGAAUGAAUUAGAUGUCUGAGGAAUUAUAGCAAGAUUGGCCCAUUGUGAAAUGGAUUUUUACUGCUUAAUAUGUCUCUGUUUUCUCCUCUUAUUUUAUCUUCAUUUUAUUGUGUGUGUCGUGGUGGGAAAAGAUUAUUUUGUGAGUAUCCUUUUUAACAAGUAACACCUGCUUCCUGCAGAUGAUACAGACUUACCUGACUUCUAGGUCAUAGAUGAUUUGAUAGAUCAUAGAUCACUGGGAUCAUUUUUCUUUUAAUUAAUCAGAUUCUGGCCCAAAGGAUCUGGCAAAGCUAAUAUGCCACAGUUGUGCAUAUAUUGUAACAGGCAACCUUCUGAUUACUCCAUCACCUCUUUGAAAUUAGGUUUUACAAGCUCAGUGAACAAACCACACAUAAUUUAUCUGCAAUAGGAGUGAUCUUUCUGAAAGAAAUAUAAACUAACAUGUUAUUGUAAUAAAUAUAUCUUCUAUUUUUUCCCCUACUAUAAUGGAACAAUGCUGUAAUGCCAAAAAAUUGAAAGUGAAGAGCUAUGCAAAAACAGGAACAGAAAGGCCAGUGCAGGACUGUUUGUAGCCUUGAGAAAUAAUGCAUCUGGGGUUAAAAUGGUAGAGUGCAUUACUUUAGAGAGUAGGGACAUGUGUCUCUGUCUCAUGUACAUUCCCUUCUCUAUUGAAAGCUGAAGAGUCUCCAGCCACUUUUUGAGCCUGCAGCAUCUCCUACUUUCACCAUCAGUCUGUUGCUUUGUGCCAACAGUUUUUGUCUCUGCAAGGAGGUCCACAGCUAGAAAUCUAGGAGUGCUUUUCUUUCAGAAAUUGCUGCAAUACCAGGUGAAAUAAAGCUCACCUCUGGGUUAAAUUUUUUAAAAAAUGAAAAUAAAAAAUAAAUCCCCUAACUUCAUCCUCUCAGAAAAAAGUAAAGUCAGAACAGUAGGUUUUUGGAGAAAAAAGGGAAUUCUGAGCUACCCAGUGCUGCUGAUGGUAAGCCUGGCUAGAGGACAGGAAAAAAAAAAAAAAAAAAGAUUGUUUUCCUAAGCCUCAGCAGCAGCUCUGACAGAGUCAGCUUAUUACUGGAGCUUAUGCUACAGCUUUCUGUAACAGUUUACUGUAUGAUGACUUCUAGUGCAAUUUACCUUGUCAAGCCUCAUUGUUCUUAGUUUUUCUCCUCAGCAUUUACUGGAUUUCUGUUAAAAGAGGACAGGAAUGUGACCAAGGCAGCACUUCUCACAAGAGAUGCUGUUUGGGCAGAUGUGUUGUAUCUACCUUGUAUCUACAAUGCUGAAUUGUUGCAACUUUGGACUCUUGCUAGAAAAAAAAAUAGACAUAUUUUUCAGCUUGAAAAAGGAUGUAGACAAUAGCAAGUGAACAUUGGCAAAAGCUUGGCAGCCCUCUAUUCAGCUGGGACAAAUAAUGUAUUAAUAAUCUUCCUGGAGCCUUAGUCCUUAUAUUUAGUGUGUCUCUAUCCUGGGACACUGCGGCUCAUGUGCUGUUUUCACUGGCAUUGCAAGGAUUAGCCAUCUGUUCAGUCAAUGAGGAAAAACAUGUGAUUGGCAGGUACCACUGACCUAAGACAGACAUCUCCAUUUGGUGCUGCCUGCCUCUUUCAAGUUGUAAAUGAAAUACAUUCACUCUGAGAUGAUAAAAAGUGUCUCAUGAUUGUUACAGCUUGUUUCUCUGGCGUGUUCAAUCACCCUAUGCCUGUCUUUCUCCUUUGCAAUUUACUAAAACCUACAAAGUUGUAAAUCUAAUCUCUAAGCUGGCACAUGCUGAAGGGAUGAGACACUGCAGAUAUCUGAGGGCAGAUAAUCCUGUUUGUCUCCAGAACUGUAGAGGCUGCAGGAAGAACUGGCAAGCUGCAAGAGGCCUGGACAUUUGUCCAUCAGCAUAAGGACAAGCAAUCUUUAUGUUGUUGUCAUUCAGCCCAAUGUCUGGGAUCUGGUUUAGUUUCAUCACUAAAUAUAAGUCAUGCUUUUCCUAGAAAGGUCACUGUAAAAUUUGAUUCCGAAACAGCCUUUUUAUUUCUCGAUGUGGAGGCAAGUUGUGCUCUACUUCAGGACUCACAGCUACCAUGCAGACAACUGUCAAGCAAAGGAGAACCUCCAAAAUGAAGAUGAAGCAGAUAUUAAAGCUGCACAGUGGAUUUUCAAGCAACCCAUGGGAUCAGAGAGGACGGAGAUACGCAAACGGCAGAUGGCUACGACCCCGGAAACCCCAGCUGCUGCACAGGCUCAGCUCAGCACAGGAAAUCGAGGGUCCAAUGCCUGCUGCUUUUGUUGGUGCUGUUGCUGCAGCUGCUCAUGUCUUACUGUUAGAAAUCAAGAAGAAGAGAGAGCACGGAGAACAUCUCAUGAACUCCAAGCAGAGGGUAUUCCAAACUGUGAGGAAAGCCCUGCUCCCACUCUUGAAGAAGUAAAUGCCUGGGCUCAAUCAUUUGACAAGUUGAUGCUUACUCCAGCUGGCAGAAAUGCUUUCCGUGAAUUUCUACGAACAGAAUUCAGCGAGGAAAACAUGCUUUUCUGGAUGGCCUGUGAGGAACUAAAACAAGAAUCCAACAAAAGUGUCAUUGAGGAAAAAGCAAGACUAAUUUAUGAAGAUUAUAUUUCUAUCCUUUCUCCAAAAGAGGUCAGUCUGGACUCCAGAGUAAGAGAAGUUAUUAACCGAAAUAUGCUGGAACCCUCACAACACACCUUUGAUGAUGCACAGCUUCAAAUUUAUACCUUAAUGCACAGAGACUCUUACCCACGGUUUAUGAACUCUGCUAUUUAUAAGGACUUGCUUCAGUCCUUGUCUGAAAAAUCCAUUGAAGCAUAGAAUUUUUUGUUAAAUGUAUUUAUUUUAAAACAGUCGGGACUCUGGGCUACAGAAAUCCACAGGGAAUUUAGAAUCAAUCAGAUAUUUACCUGAAAAUAACUCAGGCAAGUUUUACUACAGAAUGAAUAAUUUAAAUCCGCACAAAGCUCUGACACAAUCAGCUAAGUACAGUUUCUGAAUUAAUUCAGCAUUACUUCACAAAAGGAAAUGAAGAGAAUGAAGAAGAAACGUUGUUCAAAAAAUGCAGUAUUUUUUCAAACACAGCAGACAAUUCAGACACAAGGCUUAUGUCUGAGGUACAAAUACCAACUGAGCAUGAAACUAAAACUGAUUUUUAAGUGGAGUGUUAGAAUUUUCUUGAAAACCAAACCAGUUGCCCGAUCCACACUGUGACCAAAGUAAAAGUAUUAUUGUCAAUACUGUGCUACUCUAGGCAGUGCCAUCACACCUGGCACAGGUACACUCCACUUGUUUUGGUAUAUUUAAUGCAUACAUGGUGCACUAGUGGAAAUUGGCAUGGCAAUCUCAAGUUUAUGAAAGUUACUGGUUGAAAUAAUGCUGCUUAUAGAAAAAAAAUCUUUUGCUGAAGAAUUGUUAUUUUAGUACUAGAAUCUGCUGAAAGCAUUAAGUUCCCUUUGUUGAUGUUCAUAAAGUUAAAUUAUUUAUUUCAGAGGAAAAAAAGCCUGGGCAUUAAAAUUCCAAAAUAAAGCACAAGAAUUCGCACAUAUUUUUCUCUUCCCUCAAUAGCCCUACCUGUGUCAAUAGGUGUUUGUAAAACCCUUCACUAUUUGCUCUCAAGAGGACAGCAGUUUCAGCCAGCUUGGGUUUGUAAAUAUGAAAUUCUCCCAUUCCCUGACAGAUCUUGUAAAAUACUGCAGAUAUACACACAAUUUACUUAACAAAAGCAGGAAGAUGGAACUUGUGUUUGGAUACAGCACUAUUUCAGACUGUCCAACAGCACCAGCUCUAUCCAGCUAUAAACCAUGUUCAUUUGCAGUAUAUCCAAAGCAUUACACUUAAUUCCUGGUCAUAUCUCAAAAUCAGUAAUCACAGGAAAUACUAGGAAGAAAGUAACUUGAAUCCACAUAAAUUAUCUGUAAAUCUGUUACUCUAAUGUCUUCUUUCUUUUAAAUUACAACAUUCAUUACAAUUCCACUAUAUUAAACUCUGGAGUUUAUAGUGGAUUUCCACUGAAUUGUAUUUUUUUCCUGUGUAUUUAUUUAAAUGAGCCAAAUGACACAUAUAGGUUGGAAAAAGACAUAUGGGAAACAGAAAGACAAAAAAACCCAAAAAAACCCCAACCACCUAGAAGGGAGAACUAGACAGGCAUAGUUCAAUGAUGUGAACUGCAGCCUUUCCAAAACCUGCUCUUUGCCUAGUUGCAGCAUUAUGGAAAACACAAAAUGGGAACUUUCUCUAAAAAAAGGAAAUGGGAAGAACAAAACAGAAUUUAAGAGAUCAAUUUAAUUGUUUCCUCAAAGCACUUGGCAGGCUGUGCCCUUACUGCAUUUGCAUUUUGAAGCACAUAAUGAUUCGAUUUUUUCAGUACAUAGCCCCACAGGAGAAGAGCUGGUACAGGGUGACUUAGUGCUAUGGGCUGGUUCAAGCAAGGCUGGAUGGGCACUGACCAACCUGGUCUAGUGGAAAGUGUUCCUGCCUGUGGGGUUGGUACUAGAGAUUAAGGAACCUUCCAACCCAAAUCAUUUGUGAUUCUAUGACCAGUUUUUAUAAUUUCCUUCCAACAACAAAACACUAUUUGGCAUGUCAGCACAAAAAGUAAACAAACAAACAAACAAACAAACAAACACCCCCCCCCCCCAAAAAAAAAAAAAAAACCUGGAGAGAGCAAAGCAAAGUGCUUUUGCCCGCUGUAGCACAGCGCUGAACAACUAAGUUAAGAGGAAACUCUUCCAUAGUUCAGUUAGUGUCUGCUACUGCUUAACCUAUCAAUGCUGGUUACCUCAGCUGAAUUUCUGUUUAACACACCCAAAGCACUACUAAUACAAUUUUGGUUUAUGUGAAAUAUCACAAUGUAAGCAGCAACUUCAACAAAACAAACUAGGUAUCUUCAAAAGGCAGCACUCAAACAGAAAAUGCUGUACUUGUUUUAAUCAAGGUGGGUAGGAGUGCUCUAAACCUCGAAGUUGAAAAUUAACUAGGUCAAAUUCAGCUUGUUGGAAAGAUCAUAUGCACACAUUAAAAAAAAAAACCCAAACAAAA